GCAGCACUGCCCGCUGGUGCCAUUGGCUGCCCCCUGCCCGGGGCUGACACUGGCCAGCGGUUAAAUGCCUGCAUGACCACGCUGGGGCACACAGCCCGGAGCAUCCCAGCACAGACAGCUGGCUCAUCCCAUCCCCAGCACCAGAGGAGACGUGGGCUUGCACUACACCUUAAGCCACAGGGACCACAGGUGACAUGAGGGUGGCUGCAUUCCUGGUGCUGCUCCUCUGGGCCAUGGCCAGCGCUCACCCCGUGCCUGGCCAUGAGUCCACCCGUCCCAGCGCCCACCAGGAGGACACAGCAAACGAAGAGCACGUCAACAAGCUGGGCAACCUCCUAGAUGGUGGAGAUGGCAGACAUCCUCCUGUUGGUGUGGAGAGGGGGGACAAUGCCCUUGCCGGGGACCUGAUGGGUGGGAACGCUGUGGAUGAAGAGCUCGGUGAGCACAGUGGCCAAGACAAGGGAGACCGAGUUGGGCAGGCUGAGCACAUGAAUCAGGUGGACCACGAGGAUGCAAGUGCCCACAAUGGGAAUGACCUUGGUUUCCUGGAGGGGGAUGCACGUGAUGCUGAUGAUGGUGACAACGGAGACCACUAUGGCACUGGAGCCAACGGGCUUCCCUCCCACGCUGGCGGGUUCCUGGAUGAGGAGGAUGACAGUGGGGAUGACACCUUCGAUGGGAAUGGGGAAGAGGAGAGGGGAGAAGGUCCUACUUACGUGGCUGGUGCCGAUGGGGUGGGUGAACCUGACCGUGAUGCUGGUCGUGGGGAUGCCGGGGCUGGCAGAGGGCACGGCGACAGCAGCAGCAGCAGCAGCAGUGAGAGCACUGGGGUAGAGCACCGGCGGUACAGGAACUACAUGGGCAGCUGGUAUGAGCGGAGCUACAGGCAGAGAGGGGCCAGCAGCAGCAGCCAGGAGGAGGAGAGCUAUGACUUCGAGGAUGAAGCCAUGCAGGGUGACGACCCCUCUGCCUUCGACAGCUGGGGCAGCAGCUACAGGGUGCACCGUGCUGGCCGCCGUGCCCUGGGGAACAGCCGAGAGAGCAUCCAGGGGGCUGGCUCCCACCACUGGGAGGAGGGUGAUAGUAGGUCCCCAGAGGUGGAGGAUGCUGACUCCGACGAAGACAGCCCAUCCGUGGAGGACAACAGUCAGUCAGAAGAGCCUGUUGACAGUGAAUCAGAGGAAAAAAGCCCCAGCCGCUCCAGAGAGGAUGGGGAUGAGGAGGACAGCCCCUCCAGGGAGGAUGAGGACAGCAGGUCCAGUGAGGGCACUGAUGACCAGUCAGAUGAAGAACUACAGGAGUUCCCAGAUGUAGUGAGCACAUUGAAUGAGCACAGCAACAGCCAGACUUGGGAAGGGCAGGAGGACUGGGAGUCUGCUGAGGACAGGAGUGUGCCAUCCAUGCCUGACAGCGAGUCUGAGGAAGAAGAGGGUGACCAGAGCAAGUCCAGGGAAGAUGAUGAGGACCAGAGCCAGUCCACAGAGGACACUGUGGAGGAGUCACAGGAGGACGAGAAUGACUCCGACUCUGUGCCAAGCACAUCAGGUGAGAGCCAGAGCGCAUCCCCAGAGGAUGACAGCAGCCCAGAGGACAACACAGGUGAGGACAGCAGGUCCCCAGAGAGCGACAACAGUGAGUCCCAGGAGGAGGAUGGCAAUGAGGAGAGCCACUCCCAGGAGGAUGCCACCCGCGAGUCCAGCAGCCAUGAGGAUGACAGCUCGCUGCAGAGCCUGGAGAGCGGGCUUCGCAAGCGGCGGCUGGGUGCUCUCCGCCACAAACCUGCUGCUGACUACGAUGACAAUGACUGCCAGGAUGGGUACUGAUAUGUGGCCCACAGCCUCAUCAGUGCGGAGGGUUUAGGGGGAGGAGGGGUUUAAUUUAUUUGCCAUAUAGCCUGGUUGACUUCUUCUCAAGAAGAUGCUGUGGUUAAAAUGGAGUCGGGUUUGCCAGGGCUAGACCCGGGCACACUGCACGGGGUGUGAAGAGGUAGGUGAUGCCAGACACAGGGAAAACGCCAAACCACAGCAAGAAAUGGCAUUUUCUGAACAGCUGUGAAUGCCAGCAGGGUGAUGCUGCCCACCUGUCCCAAGGGCACAGUGGUGGCUUGGCACUCCUGGGCAUACUGGGUAGAAAGGUCCCUGUGUUCACCCCUUAUAUUUACCUACCAUGGCCCUAAAAACCUCUGCCAAGACUCCAGCUGGAGCUUUCUGUUAGUUCCAUGUCCUGCACAUAAAAAGGAAAAGUUACAGCUGGUGGGCAUAUGUGGCUCAUGGGUGCAGCAGGGUGUGAAGUACCACUUCAGGAGGGGAUGUAUGUAAUAUUUUGUAAGAAAUGUACAGAAAACAUUAUAUUGUACCCUUUUUACACUUGUAUUUCAAAGCCGAAAUGUACCCUGUUGAUUUCUUUAAUUACCAUUAAAAC